UCUAAAGAUUGCAAAAGGAACAACUUAAACAUUUCCAUUCAAUGCCUUCGCCCGCCGCUUUACGCUCGAAUAUAGAAGACCUGCCAUGGGUCAUUCAAAAGUAUGGUGGAACUAGUGUAGGAAAGUUUUUGGGUGAAAUAUCGACCAAUAUUGUACAAACGUACAUGAAUACCAACAGAGUGAUUGUUGUUUGCUCUGCAAGAAGCGGUGAAACAAAGGCAAAAGGAACAACGAAUCGGUUGCUCCGAGCAGCCAUUGAGGCUUUGACUCCUAAUUCUACAGAACAUUUACAAAUUGUGAAGGAUUUGCUUGAAGAUCAUCUCAAAGCAGCACGAGAAAUCAUCCAAGAUAGAGCUAUUUUAGAGACACUGGAACGACAAAUAGAAAAAGACUGCAUCAGACUCAAGUCCUUCUUGGAAGCUGCUCAGAUCAUAGAAGAAAUCUCACCCCGUUCCAAGGAUAUCAUCAUUGGUGUUGGCGAAAAUCUAUCAUGUCGUAUCGUGGCUGCUGCUCUCCGAGAUAGGGGUAUCGAUGCCGAAUUCGUCUCCUUGAGCAAUAUCAUUGAAGGUGAUUCUAGCACCAUAUUAGAUCAGCCAUUCUAUGACCAACUUGCGUCUCGUAUGGCCAAGGCCAUUGAAAAAGUCGGCAACAAAGUGCCUGUGGUCACUGGCUUUUUUGGAAAUGUUCCUGGUAGUUUGCUGAGCACUAUUGGACGGGGUUAUACUGAUUUGUGCGCAGCGUUACUCGCAGUGGGUCUGAAUGCUCAGGAACUCCAGAUCUGGAAGGAGGUCGAUGGCAUUUUCACCGCCGAUCCUCGCAAAGUCGAAGGAGCUCGUCUAUUACCCAUCAUCACUCCAGAAGAGGCAGCCGAAUUGACGUACUAUGGUUCUGAAGUAAUCCAUCCAUUCACCAUGGAACAAGUGAUCCGAGCUUCCAUCCCCAUUCGCAUCAAAAACGUUGAGAAUCCAAAGGGUCAAGGAACCAUCAUCUUCCCCGAUCUCGCCGCCAGCAAUGGUAGUGCCACUCCACCACCUGCACCGGAAGUUUUGGCACAAAACGGAUAUCAUUUAGAUUUGACUAGAAAGCACCCUACUGCCGUUACCGUCAAGGACAACGUUUGCGUACUUAAUAUUCACUCCAACCGCAAGAAUGUCAGUCACGGCUUUUUGGCUAAGAUCUUCACUAUUCUGGAUAAGUACAACAUCAUUGUGGAUCUCAUCUCCACCUCUGAAGUGCAUGUUUCCAUGGCUCUUGGUGCUGAAAUAGUAGAAAGUACGCUCGAAAGCGCACGGUCGGAAUUAGAGAAAUUGGGCAGGGUUGAUGUACUUCAUAAAAUGGCCAUUUUGUCUUUAGUAGGAAAGCAGAUGAAGAACAUGGUUGGUAUUUCCGGCAAAAUGUUCUCGACGUUGGCAGAAAGCAACGUCAAUAUUGAAAUGAUCUCACAAGGUGCCAGUGAGAUCAAUAUCUCGUGCGUCAUUGACGAGAAGAUGGCCUUGACGGCUAUGAACGCUAUCCACAAGCUUUUGUUGAGAGCACCUCCAGCCAUUGCUGUUCCUUUGGAAACUGCUUUGUAAUGUAGUCCAAACCUCUUCAUCCUUUGAUAGAUUAUCGUUCAUACCAUUCUUGUAAUAUUAACAUAAAGAGCACCCAUAUUCUUACAUCUAAUCUUGAUGAUUGGUUAGCAUAAAAGCAGAUAUUGUAUGAAUAGUGACAAGUAUUUUUGAUGAUGACAUUUGCAGUUGCUCCGCUCCCAACGCA